UCACCAAUACCAAGGAAUCAGCCAACAGUUGUUGUGCGGUGCUGCAAUUUAUUCGCAGGUAUUUUGCACACCAAGCAAUUUUUGCUUUCUUUGUUGACCUCAAUGUGUAAUUGUUGACGCUGACAAUUUUUCCGAACUUUGCAUUAUGUUGCAAUCAGCAGAUUUAAAACGUAUUUGGAUAAACGCGAAAAUCAUUAUUUAAAUCGUCAUUCAAGUUCCAGUCAUUAAACUAAGAAGUGUCUAAUUUCUGCUACAGCUUAUUACCAUGCGCCUACAAAUUCUGGCGGUGAUUUUGUGUGCGUCGCAAAUCUAUGCGGAUGAAACGGCACAGAUAGCAACGACAAGUAAUGAGACAACGACCGAUGCUCCUACAACUGAAACAACGCCACUCGGUUGUGUUUGCGGAGUAUUUUUGAGCGGACAGUUCAAGAAGGGAAGCAAGGAACAACCCAAAGGGAAUCCAGCUCUACUCCAUGAACAUCCGGACGAUUUUCCUUGCUCAAUUGUCGGGAACAAACUCUGUACCAACAAAUGCCUCGACGCUAUUGUCAAGCAUCUUCCCAAUAGUCCAGCGAUUCUUUGUGGAUCAAUUGAUCGUGAUUGUCACAAAGAAAGGGCAUACUUGUUUAUAAAGAACUGCAAGGACGAAUGGAUAAAUACAAAUCUCUCAGCUGGACGCGAAUACUGCUGCAAAGAUGGAUUGUCGUACAAGUGUCCAAUUUUAAGCUGAUUUGAAAAAAGAUGACGGUUCAUAGAAUUGUAACAUGCAUGUACUUGCAUGUUUUUUUCGAUUAUAGGUAAUUGGCUGUUUAAUAAUAAACGUCCUUCCACAAG